AGCGGGUAGCUGGUACAAACACUUUGAUAGAAAUCCUUCCUUCUCUGGGAGGAUUGUUGAUUCCUCACCAAGCAACCAAUCACCCAUAGCAACGAGAUGCUGCGGUCAUCUUUGCUUGCGGUCCUGGCGUGCCUGUCGACGGUGGUAGUCGCUCAGACAAAUGUCAUCAAUGGCCCAAAUGUGUGUGGUAUGAGAUUCUAUUCGUAUUGUUGUCCCGGAUGGCGUCUUCAUCCGAGAACAAAACAGUGUGUGGUCCCUAUUUGCAAUCGUCCGUGUGGGUCGGGUUACUGUCAGCGUCCAAACUCGUGCUCGUGUCCCGGUGGACAGAUCUCAGUCAGUGGAUGUGAUGGGUACACAGGUGGAAACCCAUGUACAGUACAGUGUUUGAAUGGAGGCUCUUGUCAAGGGAACUCCUGCAACUGUCCUAAUGGAUUCUCAGGAACUAAUUGUGGCACGCCCUUGUGCAAUCCACCCUGCCAGAAUGGGGGUGAGUGCAGUGGAGGAAACAGGUGCUCGUGCCCUCCCGGUUUUGGUGGGAGUCAAUGCCAGACAGACUACAGGACAGGCGUGUGCUACCUCCAAUCACCAAGGAACGGCGUCUGCAGAGACGGAGUGGAAGGACUGCACUGUACCAAAGCAUUGUGUUGUGCUACCAUUGGACAGGGAUGGGGAGACCAGUGUGAACACUGUGAUACCUUUGAUAAUCCAUGCGACAGGGGAUAUAUUCUCAAUGGAAGGUCUGGCCAGUGCAAAGAUGCUGAUGAAUGCUUGAUGAUCCCAGGUUUGUGUGAGGGAGGUCAAUGCACUAAUACCCCAGGAUCAUAUGCUUGCCAGUGUCCUCCGGGCUUUGAACUGAGUAUGACUACCCUAGCGUGUGUUGACAUUGAUGAAUGUCAGACAGGUUACUUGUGUCAGAAUGGAAGAUGUAUAAACACGCAAGGAAGUUUCAGAUGUGAUUGUAAUCCGGGUUACUUCUUGAGUCAAGAUGGCCGCCACUGCACAGAUAUUGGCAUACCACGCACCCCUGUCACUCCUGAAGAAACCGGCUAUUGUUACAUGAGGGUCCGUAGCAGGAACUCACGUACCACAUGCAGUCAGGAGUUGGCCGUGCGUAUGAGCUUCCUAGAAUGCUGUUGCUCCGUGGACUACGCUCAGGGAUGGGGAUUGUCCAGGAGUGAUUGCAGCCCCUGCCGAACACAGAACGAAGAACUUCACCGGAGACUGUGUGAAGGUUUUGAACCUACCACGUCUCUGCCAAGGAGAACGCCCAAUAAGCAAACCAGGACCGACAGGCCUGAUCCAACAGAAGAUCCUGGGGUGGUUACUCUUAGCCCUCCCACUGUCACCCCUCCACGCAAGGUCACACCCCGCCCUGAAGGAAUAUGUGCCAUGGUGCCUAACAUUUGCAGAAACGGUCUGUGCGUGUCCUUGGGGGGAGUCAUGGAAUAUCGUUGUGAUUGUUUUGAAGGGUAUGAGAAUGCUGGCAGGUAUACUUGCCAAGAUAUCAACGAGUGUCGAGACAGGUCACUCUGUAGGUAUGGUACAUGUGAGAACACGGACGGCAGCUUCCGCUGUGAUUGCCCAAGUGGAUACAAGUUGACUCUCGAUCAGAGGUCGUGUGAAGAUGUUGAUGAAUGUCGCACCAAUCCUAAUGUAUGUCACCAUGGGACAUGUAUGAAUAUCAUCGGCUCUCACACAUGCGAUUGCUUUGAAGGCUAUCAAAAAUCGAUAGACGGACGUUACUGCAUUGAUAUCGAUGAAUGCACAUUGGGCACUCAUAGGUGUAGGAACGCUGAUUGUGAUAAUCUUCCUGGUACUUAUGAAUGCAUCUGUACAGAAGGCUAUGAAGCUAUUGGAUCAUCAGGAGUCUGUAUUGACGUGAAUGAAUGUGCCCAGGAGAUCAAUCCAUGUCCCCUAGGAUUCUGCAUCAACACACUGGGAGGCUACCAAUGCCAGUGCCCUGUAGGGUACGCUACAGGACAAGAUGGCACCUGCGUUGAGAACCGUCGUGGUUUCUGUUUCCAGGACGGGGACCUCGGCCGAUGCACCCACCAGUCCAUGGGUCAGAUGACCAUCUCAUCCUGCUGCUGCAGCGCUGUUCUUCUCAACGAGGCCUUGAGCUGGGGACCCAACUGUGAAUCCUGCCCGCCUCAGGGUACCCUUCAGUUUGAGCAGCUCUGCAGACAUGGCAUUGGCUUCACCAGCCAGAGGAUCAAUAUCAACGAGUGUACACUGUUCAACAAUCUAUGUGACAAUGGUGUAUGUGAGGACCUGACUGGUAAUUACAAGUGUAGGUGCAACUCUGGAUUCCAGCCCCAAGCUGAUGGCAAGGAAUGUAGUGAUGAGAAUGAGUGUUCAUACAACAGACUACUCUGCCACAAUGGUGCUUGUAGAAAUACCCCAGGAAGCUUUGUGUGUGAAUGCCCUGAUGGUUAUGAAUUGGAUGCAAGGAGCUCAAUUUGUCAAGAUAUCAAUGAGUGUGAGAAUCCAAGUCUCUGCAACAAUGGACGCUGUAUCAACACUAGAGGGAGCUAUCGUUGUGAAUGCAUCUAUCCAGGAACUGAGCUAGACCCUACUGGAACUAUUUGUGUUGAUAAUCGCAUCGCAACUUGCUGGACCCGCAUCAGCAACGGUCAGUGUGAGGCGGACAUCAUGGGACCCAUGAGGAGAGAUGAAUGCUGCUCAACCUUUGGACGUGCAUGGGGUAGUCCUUGCGAAGCCUGCCCUCUAGCUGUCGGGGACUGUCCUCGUGGCUUUUCUGAGAUCAAUGGUGAAUGUGUUGAUCUGAAUGAAUGCGAACUCAACCCAAUGGUGUGCAACAAUGGGUUGUGUGAGAAUACCAUGGGAUCCUACCGCUGUGUGUGUGAAGAGGGUCUCACCUUGGAUACGUCGGGCAGAAACUGCAUCGACCUUCGUUCUUAUGAAUGUUUCCUGGACUACUCUGAGGGUGAAUGCUCGAGUCCUAUCCCAGGCCUAUACAGGAACUCAGUAUGCUGUUGCUCACUGGGAUAUUCCUACGGUGACCAGGGAAGGUGCUAUGAGUGCCCGCAAGAAGGAAGUGUUGAAUUUGAUGUCCUUUGUCCAAGAGGACGUGGCUUUGCUGACACUCGACCACGCCCUGAUCUUUUGGAUGGCACUGUUUACAUUAAUGACAUCAACGAAUGCGGUGUUUAUGAUGGAAUCUGUAAAUACGGAGAAUGCACCAACAUCAUUGGAUCAUAUGACUGUAUAUGUGAUGUUGGAUUCGCUAUGGAUGAGUUUGGUUAUCAGUGUGUCGAUAUUGAUGAGUGUAGAAUCACAUUUGGUGCCUGUGGUAAUGGAUCGUGUGAGAAUACUCCAGGUGACUUCAGAUGUAACUGCUAUGAGGGAUUUGAAGCCCAUCCCGUCAUGCGCACCUGUAUGGAUAUUGAUGAAUGUGAAACGAUACCAGGACUUUGCCGUGGUGGUUCCUGCACCAACUUACCAGGAACCUUCAGAUGUGAUUGUCCCCUGGGACAGGAGCUGACACCGGAUGGUCGCGCUUGCCGAGAUAUCAAUGAAUGCUCCAUAAGCCAUGGGAUAUGCUCCAAUGGUGAAUGCCACAAUAUUGUUGGUACCUACCGAUGUAUGUGCAACCCGGGUUUCAGACCAACUGCUAAUUACAGGGCAUGUGAAGAUAUGAAUGAAUGCGACAUGAACAAUGGCGGUUGCGAUCACAUCUGUGUCAACUCACAAGGAAGCUAUGAGUGCCAAUGCCAGUCUGGAUAUACACUAAGAAUGAAUGGCAGAUCCUGCGUCGAUGUUGAUGAGUGUGCUGAUAUUCCUGAUAUCUGCGGCGGUGGACAAUGUGAGAACCAAGAAGGAGGAUACCUCUGUGAUUGCUUCACAGGAUUCAGACCGUCUGAUGACUUCAGGAGCUGUCUAGAUAUUGACGAAUGUAGCACUGAUGCUGCCAUCUGUAUUUCUGGUGUGUGUAAGAAUACCCUUGGAUCCUACACCUGUCAGUGCUUCGAAGGAUACUCCAUGAAACCAGGCAUUCCUGGAUGCUCAGACAUUGAUGAAUGUAUGCUUCAGAUGCACCAGUGUGCCAUGAACUCACAGUGUGAAAAUACCAUUGGCUCCUUCCAAUGUCGCUGUAAUCCAGGAUUCAUUGUUGACGAGAAUGCCAAUAUAUGUAUUGAUGUGGAUGAGUGUGAAAGCUCCAACCAUGAUUGUCAUGAUUAUGCUCGCUGUGUGAACAUCCCAGGCUCCUACCAGUGCCAGUGUAAUCAAGGGUUCGUAGGAGAUGGUCUGUCAUGUAUCGAUGUGGAUGAAUGCAUGCAGAACCAAGCUCUGUGUGUUAACGGGCAAUGUAUCAACAAUCCUGGGGGCUAUGUGUGUGAAUGUGAAAUGGGUUUCUAUCCAACCGAAAACAGAGACAGCUGUGAAGACAUUGAUGAAUGCUCCAACUUCCCUGAUAUCUGUGUGUUCGGUCAGUGCAUCAAUGUUCCAGGUACCUUCCGCUGUGAAUGUAACCCAGGCUACAUGCUUGACAUAGGAGGAGGCAACUGCACAGAUGUGAAUGAGUGUGAGGACCCUGGAACAUACUGUGUAAGUGGUCUCUGCACCAACUCUAUGGGAUCCUACACUUGCGAGUGUCCUCCAAACUGGGUGCUUUCUCGUGAUGGAACAACCUGUGCUGAUGUGAGGACUGGUCUGUGCUAUGCCCAUGGCCCGGAUGCAGAGUCUCGACUUGAUGUGAACGAAUGCAGUCUACUCCUGGGUACCAACAUCCCUAGGACCAAGUGCUGCUGCUCCGAGCUUGGCAAAGGCUGGGGUGACCCAUGCGAGCUGUGUCCUCUCGUCAAUACUACUGAGUUCUUCUUGCUGUGCCCCUAUGGAAUUGGUGUACAUGUUGAUGUCAACUCCACCCGCCCAGUCAAUGAAAUCAAUCAGUGCAGAGACUUUCCCAACAUCUGCCAAGGUGGGGAAUGCCAGCAGGUCGAAGGAUCCUAUAGAUGUGUGUGUCCCAGCGGAUACGAGUACGACCAGGAACAGAUGAUGUGUGUUGAUAUUGACGAAUGCCAGCUGAGUGCGUAUAUAUGUGGUGCCGGAACAUGUAUGAAUAUGGAUGGCAGUUACACCUGUAUGUGUCCACAAGGAUUCAUGUUUAUGAACAUGCCUACUGGAAAGAACUGCAUGGACAUCCGAGAGUUGACGUGUUACCUGUCCUACAACACUUCCGUAUUCCCCUUGCCGGAGUGUGGGAGUCCUCUGAUGGGUAGUCUCACCAAGAAAGUGUGUUGCUGUAGUGCACUGAUGGCCGCUGCAUGGGGUACCAGGCAGGAGUGCUCUCCUUGCCCAGCUCAAAUGACAGAGGACUACUACAGGAUGUGUGGUGCUACCUCACCUGGUCAUGUUGUCAACCCAGAGACUGGACUCCCUGAAGAUGUUGAUGAGUGCUCCCUCAUCGAGGGUAUCUGUGCCAAUGGUAUUUGUGUGAACACGCCCGGAAGUUUCCGCUGUGAUUGUCGACCAGGCUUCAGGGCAAACGUUGCUACGCAUAUAUGUGAAGACAUUAAUGAGUGCCUGGAAGGCAUGCACCGAUGUGUAGGAAACUCUAUUUGUAAUAACCUGGAUGGCAACCAUGAAUGCUUGUGUCCUCGCGGCUACCAACGCUCUGUAUCUGGACUGUCCUGUGAUGAUAUCAACGAAUGCUUGACCAUACCGGAUGCCUGUAUAAAUGGCCAGUGCACCAACCAAAUUGGUUCCUAUGUGUGCGUCUGUAAUCAAGGAUUUCAACUGUCUGCAGAUGGGACUGAAUGCAAUGAUAUUGAUGAGUGUUUCCGUUUCCCGGACCGGUGUGGAAACGGCACCUGUCAGAACGUGGUGGGAGCCUAUGCCUGCAGCUGCAACCGAGGGUUUGAGCUCACCAUCAAUGGAGACUGCGCAGAUAUCAACGAGUGUGCCACAAUGGCUGGAACAUGCCCCAACGGUCGCUGUGUCAAUACCCCGGGAAGCUUCUUCUGUGAUUGCGUCGAGGGAUAUGUUCUUUCACUAUCGGGACUCCGAUGCGAAGAUGAGAAUGAAUGCAUCGCAAGGUUUGGUGUGUGCGAGAACGGUCGCUGUGAUAACACCAUUGGUAGCUUCAGGUGUUCUUGCUUUGACGGAUUCCAACUCUCACCUUCCGGUCAGGAGUGUAUUGAUACAAAUGAGUGUGCCAUCAUACCUGACAUGUGCCGUAAUGGGGUGUGUCAGAACACACCGGGAAGCUUCCAAUGCACCUGUCCCGAUGGUUUCCUUCUUAGCAGCGAUGGUCUCAUAUGUAUUGAUAUGCGUAGGAGUUACUGCUACAAUGAUUUUGUUGGAGGUCAGUGUACUGAUGCCAGGGCAGGCAAUGCUACCCGUAAGGAAUGCUGUUGCUCUCUGGGUGCCGGCUGGGAUUCGCCAUGUAACCUCUGCCCAAGGGUCUCAGAUCCUAACUUCAUUGAACUUUGCCCCGACGGUCCUGGUUAUGCCCCUAGCGUGACCCCAGAUCUCUAUGAAGACAUCAAUGAGUGCAAGGUGUUCCCAGGAAUCUGUGAAAACGGUAUUUGUAUCAACACAGACGGUUCUUAUCGCUGCCAGUGUCAACCUGGAUUCAUCCUGGAUACCACCGGUCGCGUCUGUGUCGAUCGUGAUGAGUGUCAAGAGAAUUACAAUGUGUGUGGAUUCAAUUCGACGUGUUACAACACUCUUGGAUCGUUUGAAUGCAACUGUGGAGAGGGAUACCAAGUAGGAAGGAGGGGUACCUGUGAAGAUAUCAACGAGUGUCGACGAAGGAGAGGGCAGUGCGCAUUCCGCUGUCAGAACCUCCCUGGUUCCUUCCGAUGCCUUUGCCCCAAAGGAUACACACUUACUGAUAAUGGCAGGCAUUGUAGAGAUUUGGACGAGUGUCAGACAAACCUUAACACCUGCCGCUACCGCUGCAAGAAUCUCAUUGGCAAGUUCAUGUGCUUGUGUGAUGAAGGCUACACUCCUAUUGGAGGAGACGGAAACAACUGCAGAGAUAUCAAUGAGUGUAUGACAAAUCAUGGUGUGUGUCAAAAUGGCCGGUGUAGGAAUACCGACGGUGGCUACACAUGUAUCUGUAAUCAAGGAUUCACCCUCGGUCCCUCUGGCAAAGAAUGCAUGGACCGUCGCACUGGUUUCUGCUAUGCCUACGUGCCACCCAGUGGAUGUGAUUCUAACCUGGGAGGUAUGCAGCCGGUCACCAUGGAAUCAUGCUGCUGCAGCGGUGGAAGGGCCUGGGGUCCCACCUGCCAGAUAUGCCCUGUAUAUGGAACAAUCGAGUACAACCGUCUUUGCACUGAUGCCACGCCUGUAGAUCCAUGUCGGGUUGUUCAGGGUUUGUGUGAAAAUGGGCACUGUCUCGGAGGAUCAGGCGGAUAUUUGUGCCAGUGUAACCCAGGCUAUAUCCUCAGCCCAGAUGGCACAAGAUGUGAAGAUGAGAAUGAGUGUAACCGAGUACCCCCUCCAUGCAGCUACCAGUGUAAGAAUACACCAGGAAGCUUUAAAUGUGGUUGCCCACAGGGAUAUCUACUCAGUGAAGAUGGGCUCACAUGUAGAGAGAAAGAUGAAUGCUCAAUGGGAAUCCAUGAAUGCCAGUUUGAAUGUAGGAAUACUCUAGGAGGCUUCCGAUGUGUCUGCCCUGAAGGAUACGUGCAACAUGGAUCUACAUGUAUAGAUGUGAACGAGUGCAUUCAGACUCCAGAUAUCUGCGGUACGUACGGUACUUGUCAGAACACACAAGGUGGGCAUAGGUGUGAAUGCCAGAGAAACUUCAGACCAGAUCCAGUCACUAAUACCUGCGUUGAUAUCAACGAAUGUGAAGAGCAGCCAGACAUCUGUCAGUAUGGCUGUCAGAAUACCAUCGGAGGCUACAGGUGCGUCUGUCCAGACGGCUUUGAAGAAAACUUCUAUGGAAGGUGUAUUGAUUACAAUGAAUGCAGACAGCAAGGUCGAUGUGGUCAAGCUACCUGUUAUAAUACUCAGGGCAGCUACCAAUGCGGAUGUAACAAUGGAUAUGCAUUUGAUCAACAGAACCUCGCUUGCAAUGAUAUCAAUGAGUGUCAAGGAUCAUAUGGCAAUGUGAACAGUCCCUGUCAGUAUAGUUGCCAGAACACAGAGGGUAGUUUCUCCUGUGGUUGUCCUCCUGGAUACACCAGUGUAGUACAAGGAGCCUGUGUGACAGAUCGAGAUUCGGUCCAACCGUGCUACCAUUGCAAUAGGAACACCAGGCAGCGCAGAAGUGCCACAGAGACCAAAGACACUGACUCAUCAUCGAUUAUAUCCAACAACACUGCCCUUCUUUACCACGUCCCGCUUUCACAAGCCAUUCCCAAGCAUCAAAUUGCCAAAUUCAAGACCGGGUACACCAGACAGGUUGCUCGUUAUGAGUACGUAAUCUUGAAGGGCAACGAAGACAACAUCUUCAUGAUGAAGAGGAAAGCGGAGGGCAUGUCCCUGCUACGAUUCAGCAAAAACGUGAAGACCACAGGUCUCUACGAACUCGAGAUUGAAGGUGUGCUGAAGAGGAAAAAUGAUACAAUAUUAGCGGAAGUUCAAACUCUAGUGGAAGAACCUGUAGCCAUGCAGAUUCAAAUUCAAAUAGUUGCUGAUGAAGAAGAAUAGACUAUCUUCUUGUAGUUAACAUGUUUUUUUUUCACUUCCUGGCUUAAUUAAUGAUUGACAACGGUGAUAUCCUCUAAGGAUACAACAUUGCAAACCUAUCAUCAUUGAUUAAUGGGUGCAGUAUAGCACAUCACACAGUGCUUCAAGAACUUCCACCAAAGUAUAGAGUAAUGGUGGAUUAAAAAAAGACAUAUAAACCAGGUGGAUGUUUCAUCAAGCUUUGUAAUUUACAAGCGACUUUACAAACAAAUGGUGACCCUUUCUGUGGUAAAUGAUAUACUCCAAAUUUUCAUUGGUGUUGAUUUGGUCUAAAGGGUCAUACCAUUAAUUGUAAAGUCACUCGUAUCUUCCGAACAGCUUUAUGAGACAACCACCUCUCCACAUACUCAAACAGGACUGUUUUAGGGUUCUUUUAUUAUUUAGAGUGGCCAGUAAAAUAUGCAAUUUCAGUUCAUGAUUUUUCAAUCAUUAAGAGAAGAAACUUUCAAGACUACAGUAUAAAGCUUAAUGAAGUUCAAAACACUUACUAGUAUUAGACAAUCAAAGGACGAGGACGAUUAUUACUCUACUAACAAAUGGCUAUUAUAACAGAAGUUUUAUCAGCCUCUAAGAAUUCCUCUUUAUAUUAUUAUUAUUUAUGUCUAGUCUAAGUCUAGUAUACAGUUUCUCUUAUGCUUAGGCAUAGAAAUAUCAAUUCAACAAGAACUUUUUAAAAUCAAUCAUGGUGCGUAAAUCUGGUAGACGUAUGUAAUACCAAUGAUUCUAGUUUUAGCUAUUCAGUAUGUAUACUUGAAAGUAAGUAUUUUGAGGGUAAAACCAGGGUUGAAAAAUGAAAGGACACAAAACUCCCGAGAUUUGUAACAAAAACACUACCCACGCCUGUAGAAUUCAAGUUUCAUUUGCCUAUAUGGGUAAAUGCAUCUUCACAUCUUAGGUUGAUUUGCUUGGUAUGAAAAGAUUAACAUCCAUUUUUUUUCAAAAUCACUGGUUUCAAGUUGAGUCCUUCUAUUUUUCAACCCUCAAAAUGCAGUAUUAUUCUUACCCAUAGAUCAGGCUGACACAGUAAAGUAGCAAAAUACACUUGACAUGCUCAGAUGCUGCCUAAUCUUCAUAUGUGUGCUAUUUCUUUCAUUCAUCUCUUGUAUUAUAUGUACUGUAGGUAGGACUUUAUAUAUAUGGGUUAUGGGCAGGGAGCGUUAAGACUAAAAACAUUUGUAUCAUUCUAAGUGUUUGUCUAGUAUGUAGUAGAGUUUUAGAUACAUAAAUAUUCAAUCUUGAGAAGAAAAAAAGGUGUAUCACCACGAAUGAUGAUUAAUCUUGUGUAAAGAGUGAAUGUAUUUUUAAAACUAAUAUGCAUGUACAGGUAUUAUUAAUAUGUGUUUUUGUUUUCAUUUAUCUAACUUAUCAGCAGAGAAGAUUUAUCAGGCAUUGUUUCCACUGGAUGUUUCCGUCUGUACUUUCUGUAUUCCAAAUGUGCCUUCAAUGAACAAUAGUUAUUGGAAUACGAUGAUCAAGCAAUAAUCUACACAGUUUUGUGAGAAACCGUCUCCUAUGGUUUUCCAGCAAAGUAAAUUUCAAAUUUUCAAAUGAUGAAUGCUAACUAUUAAAAGUAAUGGCAAUACCAGCUGAAUUUUCAAACGUGUAGACGUUCUUGUAGGUUCCAGUUCAAUCCAAGUCCAUUCCAUCGACUUGCCCAAACAUUCCGCAUUUUGAUACAUGAAAUUCAGGAGUGAGGUAUCGAAACAUUCAUCAACUAUGCAAAACAUUCUAUACUUUUAUAAUGAUAUGGAUAUUAUGUACUUGAUUUUAUAUCUAUAUUGGUGUGGGUUUAAUAUACAUAAAUAUGUAAAAAUACUUUUAUUUGAAUAUUGAACUGUAAGUCUACAAUGGAUGUUACCAAGGGGGUCUUGUACUAGGGCAUUAUGAUUAUGUAAAUCAAAAUUGUUUUUAAAAGAUGUCACUCUACUUUGUAGUUUGUACAACUGCAAAAAGAUUUUAAAGAUGUAUUCUCUUACAUGGAAUAGCAGAUCAAUUAUGUAUGACAAUGUAAGUACAUAAAUGCUAGAAUACAAAGUGUAUUUUUAUCACUGUACAUUUUUAAAAGGUGCUAGCUAGUUUGUGAAUUAUCAAAGAAUGGAAUUACAUGUAGUUUUCUAUUCUUGAUUCAUAUUGUUACACACAGAUUCAGAUUUAUCUAGUUCUAGUGAUGAAGAAGAAUGGAAAUUGUGCAUUUAUGGUUUAAAAUCGUUGAGAUUUAGCUCUGAUAAGCAGAUGACCUUUAACAAUAUUGUGAAAGAUUGUUGACUGUUGUACUUCAGACUCGCAAAUUGAUUAUAUUCGUUUUAACAGGCUCACAUACAAAGGUGUACAUGUAAAUUGCGUGGAUGAAUAAUAAAUGAAACCAUUUUAUGACUUAAA